CCCAGAGUCACGGCUCUGUCCGCUGUCAUGGAGGGUAGGUUUGUUUCGCACAAGAUCAGCCGGGUUCGCUGGCUCCCGGUGUCCGGCUCCAGCCUGCAGCUCCCCGAAUACUUCGCCACCGGAUCCUGGGAUGCUGAGCAAAACAAAGUGUGCCUUUGGGAAACAACUAACGUUGAAGGCAUUGAAACAGAUCAGCUGUUCUUGGAGGACCCUAAGCCCUUGUGUUCGAUCAACCACCAAGGUGACGUGAUGGAUCUACAGUUUCUGGAUCAGGAAAGGAUUAUUACUGCUUCUUCUACAGGAAGUGUCAUUUUAUUCCGUUGUCAUCUGAAUGACCAGAAACUUUCAAUCCUUCAGGAAUGGGAGCGUGCCCACUACCAUUCCCACAGUAACGCUCCCUGUACCAGCCUGGUCUGUAAUGGCCCUGAGAUCAUCUCUGUCGGGGAGGAUGGUCGGAUUAACCACUUACAAGCUGACCAAAAGGAACCUGUGCGGACUAUAGACAAUGCUGAUAGCAGUUCACUGAAUGCAGUCACCUUCCUGCGAACUACAGAAGUUUUGACAGUCAACUCAAUAGGACAGUUGAAAAUUUGGGACUUCAGACAGCCAGGAAAUAAACCUCGUCAGAUAUAUUCUUUGACGGGUGAUCGGGUGCCACUGCACUGUGUAGACAGACAUCCAAACCAGCAGCACAUAGUAGCGACAGGUGGACAGGAUGGAACAUUUUGUAUCUGGGAUGUCAGACAAGGAAGUAUACCCAUCUCUUUACUGGAUGCUCAUUCUGCAGAAAUGUGGGAGGUUCACUUUCACCCGUCCAACCCUGACCACGUGUUUACUUGCUCUGAGGAUGGAUCGCUGUGGCAUUGGAAUGCUUCUGUUACCACUCCUGAUCUGCCUUCCUUUCUUCAACAAGGUAGAAGAAAUUUCUCAAUUAGUGGCUCAGGUGCCAAUGUCAACUUAAACCAAUCAGUGACCUGUGCCUGGCUCACCAUGGAUGCUGCAAAAGGCAGAGUGGAUAUCAGCAACCUGCUGUCAGCUUAUGUGCUUUCAGUGAAUAGCUUAGAUGUUGUGGGAGAACAGUUAGUAUGUGGAACAGAUGGAGAAGCUGUCUACAUUACCCAUGAUCUGGUACUCUGAUGGGCAAAUCAUACAACAAAACUUGACAAACUGCAAAUGUAAAUUCUUGUACAUGUACUGUUAUUUUUAAAACCAAAUACUUGCCAACCUGAGUGUGGCACAAAGACAAGCGCAAAUACAUAGUGCUUUAUUUUUUUUUAAAUGUUAUCAUUAAAGUUGCAUGGUUUAUA